AUGCGAGUUGAAGACAUAGUCCACAUCAAUGAUUCUAUGCCUGAAGAAGAGCUUAUGGCAAUCAAGAUCUUGAAAGAGAAUUUUGAUGAGAAAGUCAGGCUGGAGGAAGUUAAGGCUCUGCGUGAUGAGAAUUUGCCAUGGUAUGCUGAUAUAGUGAACUUCAUGGUAUCUAGAGAAUUCCCUAGUAAUUUCGAUGCUUACAAGAGGAAGAAGUUCUUCAAGGAUGCUAGGCACUACUAUUGGGAUGAACCUUACUUGUACAAGAGAGGACCAGAUAGCAUUUACAGGAGAUGCAUAGCUGAAGAAGAUGUACAAGGAGUUCUUGAGCAAUGCCAUGGGUCUGCUUAUGGAGGGCACUUUGCCACAUUCAAAACCGCUACUAAGGUUCUGCAAUCUGGUUUAUGGUGGCCUACUCUGUUCAAGGAUGCAGCAAGUUACAUCGCCAAGUGUGAUGCAUGCCAAAGGAAAGGAGGGAUCACCAAGAGGGAUGAAAUGCCACUGAACCCAAUUCUAGAAGUUGAGAUCUUUGAUGUAUGGGGAAUAGACUUCAUGGGGCCUUUCAAACCCUCCUCAAACGGGCACAACUACAUUUUGAACCAUCAUCUUUCCAAGAUAUGGCAUCCCAAGGGUUGUUAUUUCGAUGGAGGUUCCCAUUUCAUCAACAAGGUGUUUGAGAAGUUGAUGAAGAGUUAUGGAGUCAAGCACAAGGUCGCUACGCCUUAUCACCCUCAAACCAGUGGGCAAGUUGAGGUCUCCAACAGACAGAUAAAGGCCAUAUUGGAGAAGACUGAUUGCCACUUACCUGUGGAGGUCGAAUACAAGGCUUUAUGGGCAGUAAAGAUGCUGAACUUUGACAUAAAGGCAGCACAAGAAAGGAGGGUAAUGAACUUGUUUGAGUUGGAGGAAAUCAGAAUGAAUGCCUAUGAGAACUCCAUGAUCUACAAGAUGAGAACCAAGGCAGCCCAUGACAAACUGAUUCGCCUAAAAGACUUCAAGGUUGGGGACAGUGUGCUCUUGUUAACUCCAAAAGGUUUGUUUCCCGGGAAGUUGAGGUCAAAGUGGUCAGGGCCAUUCAAGAUACAUGAAGUUCUACCCUACGGGUCCCUCACUCUGCUCAACAAGAGGGGAAAGAAUUCACAGUGA